AGGUUAAGAAAUUGAAGAUUCAAAGUGAUAGACUUAGGUCAAGAUGUACAGAAGUCAUUCAUAAUAAUACAAAUAGUAUACAACAACAAAAUGAUCUUCAUUCAGAUGAUAAUUAACAACUGUACAUUUACUACAGAAGGUAAAAAUGAUUCAGAAAGUAAUAAAAAUAUAAUGAAACAAAAGAAUUAUCUAAUUGGAUUAAAUAAGACUGUUGUAAUCAAUACAAAUAUUGUUACUAUUCUACAUGAAUGGAAAGUUUAUUUGGAUAGAGAGAAAGAGCAAAGAAAUAAACUCUAUGAACUAGAAUCAGGAGCAUUUACAGAUGUAGCUUAUCAAGCAUGGAAAACGGAAGAAGAGGCUAAAAUCAAAUUGAAUCAAUUAAAACAAAUGGAACAUAAUCGUCUGAAUACAAUGAUAAGUCAUGAAGAAGCUUCAUCAAUUGCUAAAUAUAAUCUUUAUUGUAAACGACGUAGUAAUGUUAAUCAACUGAAAAGUGAAAAAAAUCAAAAGUUAAUGGAAUUAAUGAAUAAAAAGAAGCAACAACAGGCUACAAUCAAUGAAUUAGCUAAAGAGAUUUCUACUUCACAUAGAAAUGCUAAAAUUGCCAAAAAGAAAGUGAUAAAAGAAAAACAUAAAUUAGGUUUGUUUCUAGACGUUUUUCUUCUCUUUUCCUUUCAAUUAUGUUCAUACAACCUGAUGAAGUAUAAUACAUGUUAG